ACAAUUUCUCUCUCUUAAAUUUCCACCUUCCUCUCUUUUCCUCUUUCUAGAGAGAGAAUAGGAAAUUAAUAAUUCCAUGCCACAAAAUCAAAAAUCAAAAAUCAAAAAUCAAAAAUAAAAAAUCAUUCAAAGCUAAGAACAAGAAGAAAGAAAUAAAAAGUUGUACAAUUUUGUACCCUUUAGAAAGAAAGCUAUUAUUAAUACACAACAUUUUUUCAUUGUUCAUUUACUCUUUUCUUUUGCUUCAUUCAUUCCCUUUUUUCUAUUUUCUUAUUACAAUGUUGUGACAAUAAAAGGGAAAAAAAAAGUCUAAGAAAAAGAAAGGGAAAUCAAUGAAGAACACCAUUAGGUGUUGCAUAUCUUGUAUCCUCCCGUGCGGAGCCUUAGACGUGAUCCGAAUCGUACACUCGAACGGCCGUGUCGAGGAGAUCUCCGGCACCGUACGUGCCGAAGAAGUAAUGAAGGCUCACCCUAAGCACAUCCUUAAGAAACCAACUUCUCGACCGAGUUCCGAAGUCGAGCCGCUGGACUCCCACCCUCGUGGUGGGCCCGCCAUCAUGGUGGUCCCGCCCGACGCGCAACUCCAGCGUGGGAAGAUCUAUUUCCUUAUUCCAAUUCAUGAUCAGUCUACUAAGAAAAAAACAUCUGCAUCAACAACGAAAAAAUCGUCAUCGUCAAUAUCGUGUUCGUCCUCGCCGUCUGAAGGACCGGGUUCCUCCACGACGGCGAGGCGGAAAAGGAGAGAUAGCAACAAAAGCAGGAGUCAUUCGAUAUCUGUAGCCGUGGGUAAUCUGGGGUUAAAUACCACCGAUGAUGAUAAGUAUCUGAGUGAUAUAUUGAGUGAAAAGGUACUAUCAAGUCAUAGGGAGAAAAGAAGAGGACGUGUUGCUGUUUGGAGGCCUCAUUUAGAGAGCAUUAAUGAAACUCUUAGUGAAGCUGCUUCAAGUGAUCAAUAAUUCAUUCAUUAAUCCCAUAUCAUUUGCCAUUUGGUGUGUUCUUUUUUUUCUUUUCUUUUCUUUUGUUUUUCUGUUGGUUAUAUAAUACGGAUCGGAGUAAGUUUUUGAGUAAUAAUUAUCCAAUAGGAAAAAAAAGAAAAGGUAAAAAAAAAGGAAAGUUUGUUAUAAGAUGAUAAUUUAAUCAACAUUUUUGUGUAAAAAGUUAAUACUUCUAAGUUUUUAUUACGGUAAAUGUUAAUUACUUAAUUUUGUGUUAUA